UCAUUUUUUUAUUGCUUUUUCAUAACAUCCGCUGGACAUUAUACGGGGUAAUUCCCCAACUCUUUUUGCUUUGUGGAACUCCUUUAUUCUUUAUAUUACAAUUCAUAUCGGACUGGCCACAGUUUCUCGAGAUCUUUUUGUUUCAUUUCUUUUUUAAGUAACACUCUGAUUGCUACAGUUAGGUGCAGGUGGUGCUGUUAUUAACUAAAUAUUUUCAUUAAAGUAUGCUGUCUAUCUUCUCUAGGUCAUUCUUCAAUAUACGACAGAUUUAUCCAGUUCCCUAUAUGCUUGUCCCUGAACAGAAUGGUUUUGAGAGUGAGCUAGAAGAAUGGAUGAAAACCAUAAAAGGAUCAGUAGCAGGAGAUCAAAAGACUUAUAAUGGAUAAUGAGAGCUACCUGAAGGACUCUUAUACUACUAUUGAUUGGGACACAGCCUACUCCGAGGAUCAAGGAGGCUUGCAGAUUCUCUGUGAGGAUAAUUUGCAGGUGUCUGGGGCCAACUUGACUGUUGUCUUUUUCUUCCUGAUCUUUAUUCUUAGUUUAGUAGGUAAUGGCUUAGUUUUGUGCACUAUUUUGAAAUAUGAAAACUUAACAAAGGUAACCAAUAUUUUGAUAAUCAAUUUGGCUGUUUCCGACUUAGUAUUUGCUUUCUCUCUGCCCUUCUGGGCAGUCUCCAUUUAUCAUCACUGGAUCUUUGGGAGGUCCUUGUGUAAGAUCCUUAGUGGUGUAUACUUUAUUGGUUUUUACAGCUGCAUGAUGUUUCUCACACUGAUGACUGUUGAUCGCUACUUGGUGGUGGUGCAUGCAAUAUCUAUAGCAAAGCGACGGAGAGCCUGCUAUGCCUGGCUGAUAACAUCCAUCAUUUGGCUAAUCAGCCUGAUGGCUUCCAUCCCUGAAAUGCUAGCCUCAGAUGUUUUGGAAUAUGAAGAAGAAAACAUAAUGUGUGAAAGUACUAAUGAGACAAAUAAGUCCACUUCACUUUUAGGAUAUUAUCUGCAAAUUAUCUUUUUUUUUCUGUUCCCAUUUGCUAUCUUUGUCUAUUGUUACUGCAGGAUUUUAAAAACACUUGUUACCUGUAAAACAAAAAAGAAACACAAGGCAGUGAAACUCAUAUUUGCCAUUGUUAUUGUCUUCUUCCUGUGUUGGACACCCUAUAACGUAAUCCUUUUCAUCAUGUCCCUGCAAGUGUUUGAAUUUUCUUUCCUGAAAGAAUGCAAUGUCCUGAAGAAACUGAAUUAUUCUUUUUACAUUUGCCGUAACCUUGCCUAUUUUCACUGCUGUCUCAAUCCCUUUUUCUAUGUCUUUGUUGGAGUCAAGUUCAGACGACAUUUGAAAUCUCUGCUCUACAGUAUCUGCUAUGGGCAAAGAACGAGGAUUCGCAGCCUAAGCUCUCAAAACAGCUCACUGCGCAGCUCAACGCUGGUAGCCGACACAACGUUGACCAUUUUCAGAAUGCACAGCAGAACAGAAUGAAAUAGACAAAAAUCUGACAUACUGCUUAAAGAUUCUGAAGGCUCUUUUUAAAUGAUGGUGUUACAUGAAAUGAUUUUGUAUGCAACAGCUGUCUUUUUGAACUUUGCAAAAUAAUUUUACAUGAUUGACAUUUCUUCGCUGGGUAAAACUUCAGGUACUGUAAAAAUUCAUCUAUUACUUUUAUCCUGUUAUAUAAAAUGACCUUAACAAAAGCUUCUUCUGGUUCAGUGACACUUACAGUGCACCAGUAAAGUGUUUUUUUCAAUGUGGCCCAGUAAAAUAACUUUGAUUUCUUUAGAAUGUUCACAGGUCAGACAUGUUUCUCUUGUUAUUAAAUACUUCAGCAUAAGACCCCUGAAUCCUUAAGUAAUGCUUAAUUAGAGCAAAGGCAGCCUCUAUAUUCAUAAUUUUACCCGUGUUUCAAAGGCCCUUAAUAUGCCACACUGCACCUUAUUGGUGCUUUGUAAAUGUUAUUAAGACCAAACAGAGUCUUUCAUAAGUUGCUUACUAUAGAACAAUAUGUGGCUAAUAGAUGGAUUUUUGCAGUACCUAAACUAAAGUCUUACCCUUUAUUGCUUUAAGAUUCUCAAUCAUCAGUAUGGCGAUGAUAAUGCCUAUUAAUUUCUGUGUGAAUCUGACAAUCACCAACAAUGGCCGAUUGCAUAAUUACUUGUGAAAAAAAUCAUCUGUUUUAUACAAAUGUAUUGUGAUUUAGCAAAAGUGAAAAGAACUGCUGACAAAAUCAUUGAAAAUUUGUUUGCUGGAAUUAUCUGGAAACCUUUUAAACUUGUUUUUUCACAUAUAUAAGAAUAUCUUAGAUGAAAUUAACAUAAUGGUAUAAUAAAUAAAAAAAUACAGUAAGUAAUAAUAAAAUACAAAAUAUACCUUCUCUGGCGUACACAAUAAUUUAUUCAUUUGAAUUUGCUAUAGGAAUUUUUUGCACAUUUCCCACCAUGCUCUUCUUUAUAUCUGAAAAAUAUAGUAAAGCCCAGAUUGAGCUACAAUGCUUUCUACUCCAGAGUGAUCUACACUUUCAAUCUUUAUUUAUGAUUAUCAGAGGAGAGAACCUGGUGCUGCCAGAGUUGGCUCUCACUCCCCCAUGACUGUGUGAUGGGAAAAGAUGAUAUUGAAGAUAAGUUGAUGUAUUUCUUUCAAGUCAAGGUGUAGAUAGUACAAUAAAAUUUAUACUUGCAUUUCUCCUUAGAAAGUCGACAAAAUUCAAAACAAAAAAUACAUACACAU